AUGGGACCACCAGGAAAUCUUUUCCCAUCUAGGCAUCCCUAUAUCAGCAGUCUGUCUGCCUUUGCUGGAACCAGAAUAGAAACGGUGCUUUUCCUCCUGGUAUGGCUUUGUGGUGUUGCCAACUCAGUUCCCAUCAGACUCGUAGAUGGCCCCAACCGCUGUGCGGGGCGGCUUGAGGUGCUCUGGAAACAGCAGUGGGGAACAGUGUGUGAUGAUAGGUGGGACCUCUCUGAUGCCAUGGUGGUAUGCAUGCAGCUGGACUGUGGGAAACCACUGUCUGCUCCUGGCUUGGCUCAUUUUGGUCAAGGAACUGGUCCUAUCUGGCUGGAUGACAUGAAAUGCAAUGUUUGGUGCUGUUUGUUACUUUUUAACGCAGGAAAUAGUGAAGCUGCUCAACUGCGAUUAGUGAAUGGUACAAAUCACUGCUCUGGGAGAGUGGAGGUGCUUUAUGGCCAGCAAUGGGGAACGGUCUGUGACGACAGCUGGGAUCUACUUGAUGCUGAAGUUGUGUGCCGUCAGCUGGGCUGUGGGACAGCCCUGUCUGCUGCUUCCUCAGCUUAUUUUGGCAGAGGAUCUGACCCCAUUUGGCUUGAUGAUGUUAUGUGUAAAGGAACCGAAGCUGCCCUGUCUGAAUGCACUGCAAAACCUUGGGGAAAACAUAACUGUGGGCACGGAGAAGAUGUUGGUGUUGUAUGCUCAGGUUUUGCAAAACCAGCCCCGCUCCGUUUAGUGGGUGGAUCAACCCACUGCUCUGGGAGAAUCGAGGUGUUCUAUGGGCAGCGCUGGGGAACUGUGUGUGAUGAUGGCUGGGACCUGGCUGACGCAGAAGUCGUGUGCAGGCAGCUGGGCUGUGGAAAGGCCUUGUCAGCUCCCCAUGGGGCUCACUUUGGGCAAGGAUCUGACCCAAUCUGGCUUGAUGAUGUCAGCUGCGUAGGGACGGAAGCUGCCCUCUCCGCAUGCAAAGCCAGUCCCUGGGGAAGCCGAUAACUGCAGGCAUGGAGAAGAUGCUGGUGUGGUGUGUGCAGGGUUUGCUGAGCUUCUUCCAGUCCGGCUGGUGAAUGGUUCAAAUUUCUGCUCCGGGAGAGUUGAGGUGUUUCGUGAGCAGCAAUGGGGAAC